CAAACGAUUGUACGAAUCCGUGUAUUUGUUUAUUUUCUUAUUGAAACUCAGUAAUUUCUUCUCACACAGUGUUGUUGCUUUUUCUCCAGCGCUGUUUUCUAGUGAAAACAAAAUUAAAUACCAGUUAAAUUGUUAAUGCUGUUACUUCUUUCCUUUCCAAUCGCAGCAGAAAAUCAAAGUGUGAACUUAUCUGUCUGUCCGCGUUUGUUGCGUAUCAAUGUGAAAGCAUGUCCUCGUCGCCAUCCGGCCUAGAGGACGGUGUGAAGCUGCUGGGCACGGCACAGCGAUGUGACAGCGCAAGGAAAUCGCUGGCAGGCCCGUUCGGUGGUAACGGUGCCGGAUCAAGCAAAAUGAUCGAAAUGCAGCCAGCGGAACUAUCGGAAACGGAGGACAAUUCGUACAUGUACUUCCGGCAGGAGGGUUUAUUUGCAAACAGUUUUCCGAAGAUGAAGGAGAUUCGCCGUAUGGGUAAACUGUGCGACGUUACGUUGAAGGUGGAUUCGCAUUCGUUUUCGGCGCACCGUAUCGUGCUGGCCGCUACCAUUCCGUAUUUCUAUGCAAUGUUCACCCACAACAUGGCUGAGAGCAGGAUCAAAGAAAUCACCAUGAAGGAAAUCGAGCCAAUGGCACUGGAAAGUUUGAUCAACUUCGCGUACAGUGGUCUAGUCAAAAUCGAUACCCAGAACGUGCAGAGUCUCAUGGUUGGUGCCUCGUUUCUGCAGCUAAACGAAGUACGGGAUGCGUGUGCUAAAUUUCUCAAGCGCAAAUUCCAUCCACAGAAUGUGCUAGGCAUUAGACAGUUUGCCGAUACGCUCGGUUGCUCGAAGCUGAUUGUGUCCGCCGAUCGGUACAUUCAUCAGCACUUUUCUAAGGUGGCCAACGGGGACGAAUUUGUAGCGCUAAGCUACAACGAGCUGAUCGAUGUGAUCAGUCGCGACGAGCUGAAUGUUAAGAGCGAAGAGUGCAUCUUCGAAGCGUGCAUGCGCUGGGUAAAGCACGACCAGGAAGUACGCUCCGAGUAUCUGCCCCUGAUACUGGCCAACAUACGGCUGCCGUUGCUUUCGCCCCAGUUUCUUGCCGACAAUGUGGCAACGGAAGAGCUGAUCAAAACGUCACACAAAUGCCGCGAUCUUUUGGAUGAAGCACGUGAUUUUCACCUAAUGCCAGAACGGAGAGCACUCGUGUCCACAACACGGACCCGUCCACGGUGCUUUGAUUUUGUCGUCGGUUUAAUCUUUGCCGUCGGUGGGCUAACGAAGAAUGGCGAAUCGGUCAGCACGGUAGAGAUCUACAAUCCGACAACGAAAGAGUGGAGCAUGGGCGAAGCGAUGACAAUGUUACGGUCGCGGGUUGGUGUUGCCGUUACCAACGGGAAACUAUACGCGUUCGGCGGUUUCAACGGUACCGAACGGCUAUCGACGGUGGAAAUUUAUGACCCACGGCAGCACCGAUGGUCCCAGGGAACGGCCAUGCGUUGCAAACGCAGCGCUGUGGGUGUGGCCGCGCUGGAAGAUUAUGUGUACGUUUGCGGCGGGUAUGAUGGUGUGACCAGUUUGAGCACCGUAGAGCGAUACUGUCCACGAACGGAUGCCUGGAGUACGGUCGCACCGAUGAUGAAGUACCGUUCGGCGGGUGGUGUUGCCGCACUCGGUGGCUACGUGUAUGCGCUCGGCGGACACGAUGGCCUCUCGAUUUUCGAUACCGUAGAGCGGUACGAUCCGUUCUCCGACACGUGGACGAAAGUGAUCUCGAUGCUGAACCGACGGUGUCGGCUUGGAGUGGCCACCUUAGGCAACAAGCUGUAUGCUUGCGGUGGCUAUGAUGGCAACUCGUUUCUACGUUCCGUUGAAGUUUACGAUCCGGUUAAAAACAGCUGGUCGCUCAUUGCACCGAUGAACGUAAAGCGAAGUAGAGUAGCGUUGGCCGCAAAUAUGGGCAAACUGUGGGCCAUCGGAGGGUACGAUGGGGAGUCAAAUUUAUCCACCGUUGAGGUGUACGAUCCAAAGAGCAACACCUGGACGUUUGUUGCACCGAUGAAGCAUCACGGUGGUGGUGUCGGGUGCGGUGUCAUACCAACACCGUUCCAGGACUAAGCAAUUCCGGUGUUUAAAUGGUUUAAAUGUUUUAACAUGUGUAACGGCUGCUAAGCAGCUCCUGUUCCUUGCACUUACUGCACACGAUCGAUCCACGUUGUUCUUCUAUUCAGAACUGCAAGGCUAAAGCUACCUCUCCUCCAUCAUCUGUGAACAUCCUUUCGUCGUUCGACAACCUGCUGCAGGCCAAGAUUUCAUCCUAAAAAAACCGUUAUUCAGGAAAAGUAGUAUAAAUGCUAAUUCAGAUCUCGUAACAGUUAAAUUGUUCAUUUCAUCGGGCACAUUACUAAUAAUGGAGUUACACACACAUCUUUAGCGAUGUGGUGAUCGUACAGUACGUACGCAUCGACACUAUUUCAGAGGAUUGAAUUUACAAACAAUCCUUGCUAGUUGUUCAACGAUAUCGUUACACACAUGAAUAGCUCAAUCGACGCUAUAUUAGCUCAAUCAUGCACGCUAGUAUAAUACUUUGGGUUUCGAAAAUUAUUGCACUUGCUAUGUGUGUGUGUGUACGCGUGUUAGGUAAACGCAUUCGCAAAAUCGUUAAUAAAUGUUGUACGUUGGACUGAUAGUUACAAUUUUGCUACAUUAUUCAUUACCAGAUAAAUAAUCUAUCCGUUGUACUAAGUAAAGAUGUCUAUCGUAACGUCCAUGGAAAAAAAUCUUGUUUUAACAUCCCAAACCGAUGUUGAAAUAGAGCAAAAAUAAAUGUUCACACAUACAGUAAAAAAAAUUGGUUAUUGUUUUCAAAACUACAACCUAAUAAAGAUGAUCAUUCUUUCAUACUAU